AUGUCACAAAGUUAUCACGAGCAGUUUCGAGAGAAUCAACGAAACAAUAAUCAGAAUGGUUUAUUCUCAAAUUCAAAAGCAACAGCAGGUAACAAAUUACCAACACAACGACCAACAGCCGCUGUCAAACAACCAAUACGUUCUGAUACAUUUACAUUGCCAAGAAAACGUAAUGAAACAAAUUUUAAAGUGCCUAAACUCAAUCAAGCACAAAAUGGUUCUCGACCACAACGGCCAGUCAAAAAGCCUACCAUCAUAAAUUCAACGCCUCCUGUUGAACAAAAACCUAUUGAAAAAAUGCGUAAAAAUGGUGGCACUCGUCCUACGAUGCGACAAUCGAAUUUAUUUAUGGAUCGAGGAAAUAUUCAACGCAAACCCGUACGCUUUUCUAAUGACUAUAAUAAUACUUAUUAUUCUUCUUCUCCUGCUUCUGCUCCUGUUCAUUAUCAAAAAAGUGCACCUCUUGCUGAUCCUUUGCCUCGAGAUGCUUUAGAUAAAUCGCGACGUAUGCGUAUAUCCAAUGAUGACUAUGUAAUACAUCGUCGAAAAGAUUCACCUGCUUAUGCUUAUACUGACUAUAAAACGGUGAGUGAUAUACCGACUAUUUCAUAUGUUACGUCUUUACCACCUAUUGAUCAACCAAAACAUAGGACAGGUCCUACUGUCAUUAUUCAUCCGAAAGAAACUCAUCAUUCCGAAACUCCUACAAUUAUUCCAACUGUAUCUAUAGCUCCUUCCUAUCCUCCACCACCUCCUCCUGCUCCCAUUAUGAUUUUACCUUCUUCAGUUGCUCCUUCAUAUCCUCCUACUUCGACUAUGUUUUUACCACCUCCAACUGUUUCUUCAUAUUCUCCUAUGAUGUAUCCUAUUACAACAGUUCCUACUCAACCUCCUGGACAAAAUUUUCUUCCACCAAAUCCAGCCUAUAUUUCCCAACCAUUGUUUUAUCCUAUUCCUAAUUCUAAUUCUAAUCCUAAUCCUCCAGUAUCGGCGCCACCACUACAGCAGCAGCAAACUGUGAUAAGUCAAUCAUCAUCUUCGUCUGUAUCGGCUCCAGCAGCACAAAUAAAAACUGAGAAUAAAACUGAGGAAAACAAUAUGACGUUUAUUGUUCGUCCAAAUACGACUAACAAGAAAAAUGUAACCAUACAAGUGAAAAUGAUAGAUGAGGACAAUCCACGUGAUAGAGCAAGAUCAGAACGUGUAGUCCGAGUUGCACAUGAUCCUCCAUAUCGCGAAGUGGAUGAUCGAUAUUAUGUUGAAUCGGAACCAAAACGUAUUAUUUAUGAACAACCAACACAUCGAAGAGCAAUUGUUCGAAGACCAGCACCACCUUCACUCCCGCCUGCAACCGAAUAUGUUUAUGUUGAUGAAUCACCAUCAACUAUAGUUCGUCGUCGUCCUCAUCGUUCUGAAGUUGUUUAUAUUAACAACGAUCAACCAUUAGAAUAUGAUGAAGAAAUCGUUUAUGUUGAUGAUAAUGGUAAUGAAAUUGAAUACAUCUAUGAUGAUGAACCUGUGUAUCAUCGACGAAAUUAUAGAACAUCUUACCAACCAUCAUCAACAAAAAUUGUUUAUGAAUAA